UCAUAUUCACUAUGGCGAAGGGAGUGUAAACAAACGCGAUGGAAAAGCGCGACGUCUGUGUGUAAAAUAGAUUUGCGUUAGAGAUGAUUUCGUGUUUAGUUUACUGUACUAAUAUAGUGUGAACGGAGAAAGGUACUUUAGGUCGUAGACCAUCCGAUUUCUGUGACAUGGAGAGGACGAAACCUUCACUUCUAAACCGCUUUCAAAUACAUAGUUUAUCCUGUUAGUUUGUAGCGGUUUUUAGUUGUAAUCAUGUUGACAGGAUCUAAAACCACAUUUAAAGUGAGACAAAUGGUGCCAGACAUGAAGGAGAGGAUGCUGAGUCACAGUAACUUUCAUGCGCGGGGGAGAGAUGUGCUCGGCCUCUGCUGUUUACCUGGAGAGUGUGUGCUGCAGCGGGCCGUGCUGGUGAGGAAGAAGCUGUCGGCUAAAGAAGGAGGUGGCUGGUUGUCUGGGACUCUGUUCUGCACUCAUUUCAGAGUGGCCUUCGUGCCUCAGGAUAGCAGGAAACCUGACGACAAUGCAGAUCCUGUGCUGCUUGGAGACCACGAUGUUGCGCUCGCCUCCAUCGACAAAGUUGUGGCAGUGGGUCCAUCGCGCUCCAAACUGGUGACCCCCAGCUGUUCUCUGAAGUUCACCCCUGAGGAACUGGUGCUGUACUGCCGAGACCUGCGUGUUCUGUGCUUCCUGUUCGACAGACUCACACCUGACACCCAGGCUGAGGAGAUUACAUACACAAUUGCAAAGACCUACCAACCACUGAAACCUGGAACCAUCCUGUCCUUCCAGAAUGCUGCUUUAGGUAGUAUUGAAAUGAAGCAGUUUCUAAGCAACAGGCGGCGUGACCCUGACAUGAACUGGUUUGAGUGUUCAGCGGAUUGGGAGCAGGAGCUGGAGAGGACUGGAGCCACCGGCUGGAGGGUCAGCUCUGUCAAUGACCGCUUUGAGAUGUCCACCAGUCUGCCCAGAUUCAGUGUGGUUCCUCAGAGGGUUCUGGACACAGAGCUCAAGAAAACAUUUGCCCACUUCAAUGAGGGACGAAUCCCACGAUGGUGCUGGAGACAUCCACGUGGCAGCGACUUACUACGCAUGGCCAGCUUCCAAAAUAACAUCUACCAUGAGAAGGACGACAUCAGAAAUCUGGAGUUGGUGCUUUUUGGUGGUCAGCAGCUGUGUGUCAUUGUAGAUCUGGGAGAGGAAAUGCCAUCACCUGCAGACAUCCAACUGGCUCAUACGAGACUUCGAACACUUUGUUUGGGCGACAUUUCAUCAUCUGUAUCAGUUCCAGAUGACAAGUGGCUUUCUACACUUGAAAGCACUCGCUGGCUAGACUAUACGAGGUGCUGUCUGAGAAAAGCCGCUGAGGUUGCUUGUUUGCUCAGGGGCGGUCACAUGACUGUUGUUCUCCAAGAGCCAGAGGAUCGGGACAUGAACUGUGUGGUGUGCAGUCUGGUACAGGUGAUGUGUGACCCUCACUGCAGGACUGUUGUCGGAUUCCAGGGUCUGCUUCAGAAAGAGUGGAUAACGGCCGGACACAAAUUCCUCAGCCGGAUCAACUACCACCGGGACUGUGAUAAAGAGGAGGCCCCUGUAUUCCUGCUGUUCCUGGACUGUGUAUGGCAGCUGUGGGCGCAGUAUCCGGCACGCUUCCAGCUGACAGAACACUACCUAUUGGCGUUGCAUGACAGUGUACAUCUUCCACUCUUCAGUAGCUUCCUAGCCAACUGCCAGAGGGAGAGAUGUAGACGUUCACAGCAUCUUCCCCAGAGCUACACGCCAGUAAAUGGCCUGAGAGAAUUACCAAUGGGGGCCCCAGAGGAGCCGGUAGACCCGCCUUUUCCACCGGUGUGGGACUGGGUCCUACAGUACAGCAGCCAGAGACGAGCUCGCUUCACCCAGCCCGUGUCACAGCCUGCCUACCCUCCACCUUUACUUAAUGGAAACCUCAAUACAAACCUUGACCGUAUCUGGCACAAUGAUGGACUGCCAGGUUCUGUGUUCUUGCUGUCUCGGAGCUCUUUCUCAUGUCCCUCAAACCUGCUCCCUUGGAGGAGUGGCAACUCAGGCUCCUAUUGGAAGAGCCACCGCAGGGCCCCGUCCUCUGAAGGUCUGUCUGGACUUGAGCGUCUCAUUAGAGCCUGUUCACUCUCUGAAACCUCAGACAGCACCACAACCCUCCAUGAUCCAUAUGAACCAUUGCUGCCCUUGCUGUUUGGACCCUGUGUGAGAGUUUGGAGGGGCUGCUAUUUACGGGGUGCACUACAUGCUCAGGCCUUCUCACACCCUAUGUCUUCCUGCAGCCAGCAUCCAUUAGAGCAGCUGGCCUGGGAGGUGCAGCAGCUCCGAGACAAACUGGCUCAGGCUUCAGUCAGACCCCAUCAAAACCAGAGCAAGCGACAAGAGCCACAGCGCCUGGAGUCCAACCUCAACCAGAAUGCCAACAAUGGGACCUUCCUCUUCUCUUCAUCUAGAACAUCUCAACAACAGCCAUCGCCUGGAAGAGGACCAGCACAGUCCUCCAUCUUGCCCAGAGCACAACGGACCGCAUCAGAUCCACCCAGGGCCUCACAGAAGAACAACGGCAAGCACACAUUCCUGUUCGGCCACCAAGAGCCUCAGUCGGUGUCGCGUUACGGUCCCUCCCCUAGUGCCAAACUCCCCAAACACAAGGGAAACUCACAUUGAUAUGUAGGAAGGAGAGACAGCACCCUCUGGUGUUUGUGGUACUGAAGAACUCUAAUGGGUUUUGAAAUAAGGUACAAACUAAAAACUGAACUAAAGCCGUACGUGUUGCACACCAAGUACGUGUAUUUGAAAAAGGCUCUGUUUGAAAUGAGCUUUUUUGUAUAAGCAUCUUUAUAGUGUUGAAGGAAAACAGUUAAGCAAAAACCUUGCAAAAUUUUAAGAAAAAAGCAUGACAUUCUUCUUCCUUUUUUAACUUAGUCCAGAGAAAUCUGUAGUUUCAGCUGGGCUGUUUUAAAGGAAUAGUUCACCCAAAAAUGAAAAUUGUCUUUAUUUACUAACCCCUUAUGCAAUAAUAUUUUUCAGUUGAACACACAAUCUUUUUUUUAUAGUUAUUUUCCGUACAACAACAGUUCAUAGUCCACAUCUGUAAUUAGUCUACAUGACGUAUAUGCUUUAGUCCAAAGUCGUCUUAUUUUAUAUGAUAGUUUUGGUGCAUGUAGAGCUGUUCAGCUAUGACAUAAAUUUGUAGGCAAACCAGGAAGGCUAAUUCGCCAUGGGUUGCCUUUGGAUUUUCCUAUGGUUUUUAUAAUGGGGUUUAAAAUAAGGUGAUACAUGGAAGUUUUGUUCUACUACAUAAAUUCCACACUUUCAAAUUCACGUUUGAGGUAUGACUGUGUGUAAUUUAUGUUGUAUAACAAAACUUCCAUGUAUGGUCAAGUAAUGUUUACCUCAUACCUUAUUUUACUCAUACAUUAAAAACUGCCAUUAUAAAAAAAAACAUUGGAAAAUCCAUAGGGAACCCAUGACAAUUUCAGUAUUGGGUUUUUGACUACAACCUGGCUCUGUUGGAUGUCAAUCAAUAACAAUAUGAUUGGUUAUUAAGUGUCUUGUAACCACCUCAUGACAUCAAAAAUGCUGCAUCAGUGCCUUAUUUGAUUUGAGAACUGAAGGGGAGGUGAAGAUUAUUCGUUUUCUCUUUUUAGUAUGUUACACCCUUUUUUGAAUGUCAAAUAUGUGAAGAUUAUAAUUUAUUUUUUUUUAAUGUUGGUGUUCCACUGGAAAGCUAAAUAAUAGCAUUUGCAUUUGUAAAGACAUGAAGGAGAGUAAAUAAAGCAGCGUUUUUAUUUUUAGGUUAACUAUUCAUUUUAGUAAAAAAAAGAACAAAUUAAAUAGUGUAAUAAUAGUGAACCAAGUCUGCAUGUCAAAGGUUACGUGUCUAAAGUUCAUGCCAAAAUAUUGAUUUGGUACAUACAACUUUGGUGUUUGAUCAAAUUAGUGUUUGAAGUAUUUUGUGCGCUUCGUGUUUAGCUGUAGUUUAUGGUACACGCUAGUAAAUUAGCGAUUUGUGUUCCCUCAGCCAAAAAGGCGGGAAAAUGGCUGCUAUCACUUUUGCAGUUCCCUGAACUGCCACUAGACGGAGACAAAAUAAUCAAACACAUCAACCUCAGUGUUGAGCAAAUAAUAUAUAUUCUCAAUAUUCUGAAGCAAUAGCAAAAUGUUGCAUUUUUGUAUUUUAUCCUAAGUAUUAAGACAAAAUAGGAAAGAAAGAAGAGGUAAUGUCUUUCACAUUUAAAACAUUAUUUCUAUGCUGCCUAUGCCAUUUUGAUGGAUUUUAAAGUGCUAUUUCAUCAUGAGUGUAUGUACUGCAGUUUUGUGACGAGAGGGAACUAGUCUAUAGGUACUUCAUUCUCAUGUUAAAGGAGAUUUUGUAUUCUCAUUUUCUGUGUAAUUCUGCACCCUCUUUGUUUUUAAUAUGGAAAGCUGGCACCUACAUGAGUUGAGUUACAAGACAGGCCAGAUCAAUUCUCUCUUUAUGUUUUCUUGAAGAUGAGUUACAUGACAGAGUGACUCCAGAUGUUUGUGUCCUCCUUUUCACUUUUAUUUAAGGUGCUGGUGAUUUCUAACAUAUGAUACGUGUUUAGAUUUCAUCUCACAUACCAGUGCGGUACGAUUGCAAAUGUGAUCUUAAUAUUAUUGAAAGGGAACAUUGCAUAAACAUAUUUAGCAAGGUUUAACAACUAAACCUUGAAUUUGAUUGGUUUCUCGAAAAAUUUAUUUGAUUACUAAAAAUAUGUGUCUCAAGAAUUGCCGUUAUUAUAUACAACAUCCAAAUCUUGUGCUUUGAAAAGGAGUUUCAAACCCUUUAAAUUAUUCAGUAUCGUCAUGAGUCAUUUCAAUGGCUUUAUACUAUUAAUCUUUGCAUCUGCAAAACAAGUGUAGAUCAUUGCCUGUUUUUAUUCUUUUUCUUUUAUAACAACCUUUAUUGGCACGUUUUAGAUAAAUAAAUGCAUCUUAUACAGCAGUCUCUAAAUCCAUUUCUUUGAUGGUGUUUUCUUUACAAUGUUUAUUCUGGCAUAAGCCCAUUCCUUCAGACACCCUUCAUAUCUUAUCAAAAUAGAUAUUUACAACAUGAGCACUUUACAAGAAGCAUUACAACAAACCAUAAUAGAUUAAAAAUCUAAUUGCAAAGUUAAUAAAUAUUCUCAUUAUAAAAAUACUUGUAUACACACACUCAUAAUUUUACAAGUAGCCAACAUAUAACUUCAAAAAGCUUCACUACAGUAUAUCAUCUGCAUUAAAAGCACUUGCACAUGAAAUAGAAUACAAACUGAAUAAAAAGCUCUUCCAAACUCUUAGUAUCCACUUACUUGCCCUCAAUUAUGGGACUGGAGAGCAUACAAAAUCUAUUCAAUGAUUCACUUAUGAUGCAGGUCAGACUAAACAAUGUAUUCUCAUUUUACAGAUAACAAAUUCAGAAUAUUGACCCAUGAUAUGAUAACCAGCACCUCUAAGACAGGAUAUUUUAUUAAAUCAGUAAUUAUGAACUGGUGGUUUGUGACCCAAAAAUGGAUAGCAAGUCUGUUCUGAUAGUGUCACGGACAGCAGGGGAAAAAAAACAAUGCUACAUGCAAAUAAUAAAUUGCAACUAAACAUAUUAAUAUGCAUAGUUAGGAUAGCAAUUUAAAUAGGACAAAAAAUAUUUCCCAUAUCUUUUGUUA